UUGGGACAUUCAGAAGAACUCACAAGUCACAAGACAAUGGGUUCGUAGCCCAUUCCACAAAGGACCAAAACAAGUCAUUUGUUUGGUUUGGUCUUCUUUGCCACACUGUUGUUCUGACAUGUCAUAUUCAAUUUUGAAUUCACCGGUUUCCCUCUGAAAUAAAAAGGUGUUUUUUUUUUUUUAGCAGGAGUGACCCCAUCAAGUGUUUGUGAAAAUGCCAAACAGAAAAAACUCCUUCGUCCAUAACCCCAACAACCAAUCCACAACCCCAAGAAGGUCACCGAGGUUACUCCUCCUCCAAAACAACCACAACAGUCCCCCAGCGCCCAACCCCGAAUCCGCAAAAUCCAACGAUUCCACUAAGAAAUCAUUGGUCGAAUCCAGAAACUGCACUGUUGGGUUGAGAAGAUCUCCCAGGUUGAACAAUGGGGUCGUUGGGUUUUCCUCUCUUAGACGAUCUCCCAGGUUGUCCAAUCACAAACCCCACGGGAAUGAGCAAAUGGAUAAGAAAUCAAGUAAAUCUGAUGAAUUUUCCUGUGAUUCGGCGAAAUCGAGGAAAGUGAAGGGUAGUGAAGCAAAAACGAAAGAAAAUUCCAUGGUUACUGAUGAGGCACUUGCGGUUGAAGGUGGAGGAAAAGGGAAGGCGAGAAAUGGAGACAGGAUUGAAGUUGGAGUGAAGAGGAAGCGAGGUGGCGAAGAAAUUGCCAAAGGGUGGACAAAAGAACAAGAAUUGGCUCUGCAAAGAGCAUAUUUUGCUGCAAAGCCCAGCCCCCAUUUCUGGAAGAACGUUUCUAAACUGGUGCCCGGAAAGUCCCAACAAGAGUGCUUUGAUAGGAUUCACCGUGACCAUAUAACACCGCCUCAAUCUCAUCCUCGGUCAAGGGCAAAGACAAUUAAGUCAUCACCCCUUCAUAAAUUCUCAAUAUCUGCAAGUAAACUGCUCAAACCAAUUGAUAAGACUGUUAGAAGAUCAAAUUUUCUCAAACCGAAGAACUACAUUACCCAGAAGUCUAUUGAGAAGCUGUUACAACGCCAUCUUAAAGUUGAUCAAGACCUUGAAGGGGACAUUUUUUCUGUUCUUGAACCCAACAUUGAUUUUUCUUCUAAUACCGUUAAGCCUUGUGAAGGACUUUCUACUCCGAAACAGCUAAAGGAAAAUCAAGGGAUGCUGCAAAGUUGCACUGAAACGUUGUCUUCAAGCCAAAAGAAGCCCCUUUCAAGAUUUAGUAGCUCGUACGUUACAAAUCUUGUUAGUCCCGCUGUACUAAAGCAAGUUAAAAACAGGGAACUGCAUGAGAAAUAUAUCAAUCAAUUACGCUGUAGGGAAGCUAGGAGAAAAGCAGCCUCUGCACGGACACAAAAGCCAAUAAGUGGAAAAAUUAUUGGAGAAGGAAGCAGCAUUCAGACAAAGGAUGUAGUUAAAGCUGCAAAAGUUGCCUUGGUUUCUGAAGCUAGAGAAGCUAUCAAUAAGUUUCAACAGUCACAAGUCAAUUUCAUGGACGACUCAUAUAAUUCUGAUGAGGACAAUGAUGAUUGCUUUGGAGUUGAAGAUGAAAGUCAAUAGGUUUUUCUCGAGUUAACUGAGUGAAAUACAAUUGACACAUUGCAUGUAUAGUAGUUUGACUUGAAGUUUUAUAUGCUU